GCCAAUGUCAAUUUUGACAGUUGAAGGCCACAAUCAAAAUGUAAACAAAGCUGCGCAGCAAAAAUUGCAAAACAACACCGGAAAGUGAUGGUAAACUAACAUUAAAAAUAAUGGCUUUAAAACUUGUUAGGGACGCCCCUACGGUGUGGAACUAUCUGAAUGGGCUGGUAAAUCUUUACAAACCUGCCGGUGUCACGGUACAGCAGGUACAAAACACGAUCAUCCACAAUCUGUGCCGAGAUCUUAACCAACUCGAAGUACGACCAUCGCUGCAGCGUGUAGUAAUAGGCAAUGCUGGCGAAUCUAAACUUGUUGUAAGAAAGGUGGAAGACUUAUCGGACAAUGUGCUUGUGACAGGACCACGCUAUCAGCCGGAAGAUAUCAAAUGCCGGUUCUCUGCAAAUCAUGGUCGUUUUACCAGUGGUGUAAUAGUGCUGGGCAUCAACAAUGGCACAAAGCUUGCCUUCAGACUGCAACAGAAUCGUCCGCUGCGAGUGUACCGCGUGACCGGAUUUCUCGGAAAAGCAACCGAAACACAUUUCGCCAACUCGCGUGUAACGGCCCGCGCCACCAUCGAUCACAUCGGAUCGGAGAAAAUCGGUCGCCUUCUGGCAUCGAUCCAGGCAUCGCAUCAGCGCAAGAUGUUCGAGCUGAGCGGUAUCGACAUACAAUCACAGGCCGCCUACGAACUAGCGUGCAGAGGAACGAUACGGCCCGCAGACAACCGCGUACCAAUGAUUUACGGCAUUCGGCUGGCAGAGUACCGGAAACCUUUCUUUACCAUAGAAAUCCAUGCCAUCAACGAGACGGAAGCGUACCUCGGUGAGCUGGUACACGAGAUCGGGAUCAAUCUGAAAUCGUGUGCCCACUGUACCGGCGUCCGGUGCAUACGGCACGGUCACUUUCUGCUGGAAGAUUCGCUGCUCAAAAAGGACUGGAACCUGCAGAACAUCGUCAGCGGUAUGGCACACACGAAUAAGCUCAUUAAUCAGCAUCCGGACAUGUUACAGCAGCACAGCUCAUCGUUGCAGGAAAUGGAAAUGGUGCCCCUGGUCAAUAAAUAGUCUCGUCUCGAGCUGUGGGCGUAACACCCCACCCACACGCUUAAACCGCCGACGAGUCGAGUAGAAAGUUGUUUCAGGCCAGGCAUCGGACGUGUAGAAGUCAGGUUACACGGCGCUUUAUUUAUGACCACUGUUGUUUCCCUGAGUGGCCCCGUUGUUCACGUGCAAUAAAUGAUAGAUUCUGCGUGGACCCUGCAAUUUGGCACGCAAACAUUGUAAUAGAGGUACAAAGGUACCACCACUUCCA